CUCCCCUUCACCAUCGUUAAGACAACCCAUAAACUAUUCAAUCAAUUCAAGACACAAUGGCUCCUCCAGCAUUCUCUGAUAUCUCCAAGAACCAAAACGGUCUCUUGAACAAGGACUUCUACCACGCUAACCCAGCUUCCAUUGAGAUCUCCACUGUUGCUCCAAACGGUGUCUCCUUCACCACCAAGGGUAAGACCUCUCCAAAGGAUGGUUCCGUUGCUGCUAACAUCGAGGCCAAGUUUGCUGACAAGGCCACUGGUUUGACCUUGACUCAAGGCUGGAACACCGCCAACGCUUUGGACACCAAGGUUGAGCUUACCGAUGCUUUGACCCCAGGUCUCAAAGCUGAGGUUGUCACCUCUUUGAUCCCAGGUGCUUCCCAAGGUGCCAAGUUCAACUUGAUCUUCAACAACCCAUCUGUCACCGCACGUGCGUUCUUCGACUUGGUUAAGGGUCCAUCCUUCAUCGGUGAUGCCACCUUCGGUUACGAGAACUUCACCGCCGGUGCUGAGGUUGGUUACGACAUCAGCUCCGGUAAGGUCACCAGAUAUUCUGCUGCUCUUGGUUUCGCUCAACCAAUCUACAACGUCUCUGUUACCGCUACCUCUAACCUGUCCGUCUUCUCUGCUGCUUACUACCACAAGGUUUCUCCAGUUACCGAGGUUGGUGCUAAGGCCACCUGGGACUCUAAGGCUGACGCUGCUGCUGGUAAGUCCGUCGGCAUUGAGACCGCUGUCAAGCACGUUUUGGACUCCUCUGCUUUCGUCAAGGCCAAGGUUGCUGACUCUGGUAUCGCUGCCGUCUCCUACAACCAAGUUUUGAGACCAGGUGUCAAGUUGGGUUUGGGUGCCUCUUUCGACGCUUUGAAGUUGUCUGAGCCAGUUCACAAGUUGGGUUGGACUUUGACCUUCUCUGCUUAAGACACUUUUAAGUGACUGAGGGAUGAACUCGUUUUUACACACAC